CCUCACACUGGGACUCCACCAUGAGACUCCUUCCCGUGCAGUGCGUCAGUCUGCUGCUGCUGGUGACCGUGGAGGCCCAGACAGUUGGGUCCGAGGUCAGCAGGCGUCCUCUCCCUCCGUGGCUGACCGGCCUCAUCUCAGUCUCCGUCUUCCUCUUCCUGGUGUUUGUGGUGUUCCUGGUGAAGCGGGCCUGGUUCUCCGACCACAGCAGACGUUCCAGUCUCUCUGAGAGUCACAGGAAGUCCACCUCCGGCGUGUGCAGAAUCAAACAGCAGGAGAAUGAGGCGGUCACAUGGGUGACGGCCAUGUGACCAGAGUGCGAGCUGACCUCCAUCACUUUGUCUAACGUCUCUUCAGAUAGAAUCAUUUCCAAUCCAAUGACAAGCUCGGCAACUUCACCUCUGACUCUCCUCACUCCGACUCCUGAGUCUCCAAAGCUUCUUGCUUGCCGCUCCACCCUGCCUGCAUUCUCUUCUUCACCUCCUUCGCUCUGAAUGAACCACAUACAGUUUUCACUCCCUCAUCUUCACGCUUCCGCCUGCCUCCCAUUCCUCUUCUCUCACUACAAAGCCUUGUAUCACCUGAAAACAACACGGUGACCCUCCCCCACCUCUCUCUCUCACU